GCGAAGUGACGUUGCAGUUAUGCCCCUUUAACGCUGAACAAUGAUAAUUUUUUCCUCUGCGAUAAUUAAAUGGGAGAUAUUUAUUAAAUAUCCGUCGUAAAUACUUAAAUGACCGAUAAAUAAUAUAAAGUGACCAAAAACAAUCAAAUCACUCCAGCUGAAAUCUGAGCUAGUAUUUCCGUAUCCCUUCCAUGGGAACCAGUAAAAGCCUGUCAUUGGCUACAGCAGAUAUUAUAUACUACACCCCACCAACUUGCUAGGAUUGCAGACUUCUCUUUCAUAACACACUAUCACAGACCAGGCUUCCAUAGUACCGUUGGCACACAAUAUCAGCAGCAGUAACAGAACAACCCGACAGUAGGAUUCACAUCAAAUGAUACAUUGUGAAAGCUUUUCAUAUAUUGACAUUACACAAUUAUUUUCAAAAGAAUAUUUCAACUUGAUAUUUUCCACAGAUGGAAAAGCUACAGUAAAAUUAACAUGGAAUUAGAGUUAUGCAUACUUCUGUUUUGUUUAGCUUCGUCUCUUUGUGUGAAUCUUACUUAUUAUGUUAAAGAUGGACAAGCCUCAAAUUCACUUGUUGCCAAUAUUGCUGCUGAUGCACAAUUAUGGGACAAUGUUCUAAAUAAAUACAGAAAUUUUAUUUGGUUUAGUCAACUGCCAGGAGAAAAGACUGACAGUUCUCAGUUGUUCAAUGUUACUAAGACUGGGAAACUCUACACUGCUAAGGCAAUUGAUGCUGAAAUUUUAUGUAAAUAUAACAUGGAAUGUUUUAGAAUGGUGGAUGUUGCAAUUCAUCAAAAAGAGUAUUUUCUUAAAGUUUUAGAAAUAAAAAUUGUUAUUCAGGAUAUUAAUGAACAUCAACCUGAGUUUCUAAAUAAAAAUAUAAAUCUAGAAUUUUCUGAAGGUGAUCGAGAAGGUAUGAUGAAAGCUAUUCCAAAUGCCAUUGACAGAGAUAUAGGAUUGCUGCAUUCACAGAUAACAUACUUUCUAAAGAACAAUAAUAGUAAUCUUUUCACAUUGUCAGUUUCAAAAAAUAUGGAUGGUACUUCCAAACUUGGUAUUAUUUUACGAGAAAAACUUGAUAGAGAAUUAAAAGAUUCUUAUCAACUUCAAGUUAUUGCAAAAGAUGGUGGCCAUCCACCUAAAGAAGGUGUUCUAAAUAUUCAAAUAACAGUCCGAGAUGAAAAUGACAAUUCCCCUAUCUUCUCCCAAAAUAUUUACAAUGCUUCUAUUAAAAAUGGUUAUCAAAAAUCAAUGCCUAUAGUCACUUUGUCAGCAACUGAUUUAGAUUCUGGUGAAAAUGGUAAAGUAAUCUACCAGUUCAGUUCCAAAACAUCGGUGAGUGUCAGAGCCUAUUUUAAAUUAAAUGAAUCAACAGGGGAAAUCUGGCAACUGCAAAAGUUUCCACCAGGAUCAAAAAGGACAUAUAAAUUAUUUGUUAAAGCAAAGGAUAGAGGAAAUCCAUCCUUGAGCUCAGUUGCUAUGGUUUUAGUGAAUAUAAAUAGUGAAGAGAAUAAUCCGCCUGAUAUAGAUAUCAGCUUUAUAUCACAAUCAGCUGGAAAAUCACCCAGUAUUUCAGAGGGAGUAAAAGUUGAUAGUUUUAUUGCGUAUGUAAAGGUCACUGAUAAUGAUGUUGGCGAAAAUGGUGAAAUUAGCUGUCACCUUCAUCAUGAUAAACUACAGCUUAAGAGUCUUGGGAGAAAGAAAUAUAAACUGAUAAUUAAGAAAACAAUUGAUAGAGAAACAAAAAACAACAUAGAUUUUACAAUAGUCUGUCAAGAUAGAGGAUCACCACCUUUAAAAACAGCCAAACAAUUCUCUAUUCAAGUGGAUGAUGUUAAUGAUAUUCAACCAGAGUUUAUCAAAGAUAUCUUUACAUUUUUUACAUAUGAAAAUGAAGAAGCAAAUUUUCCUAUUGGUUUCAUUAAUGCAACAGACGAGGAUUUGGAUUCAGGUGGUAAACUUAUGUACUACUUGGAAAAUAGCAAACAAACACAUGCCUUUAAAAUUUCCCAUUUAGGAUUUAUUUCAACAACACAAUCUCUAGAUCGUGAACAACAAGAAAUAUAUAAAUUCAAGGUUUUUGUGAAAGAUAAUGGAAUACCACCACUAAAUAAUGAAGCAAAUGUAAUUAUUGAAGUUAUGGAUAAAAAUGACAAUGUUCCAUAUUUUACAUUUCCUAGUGUUAACCCUUUCAAUCUAUAUGUCUAUUACCAUCCACAAAGUAAGGGUGUCAUCACAACAUUAAGAGCUUCUGACAGAGAUGAACAUGUUAAUGCCUUCCUCAAGUAUGAAAUACUUGAAGGCAAUGACAAACAGUUAUUCAAAGUUAACCCUUACACAGGACUUCUGUCUUUUUCUCGUACAGUUUACCAAAAUGAUGCUGGAUUAUAUACUUUAAAUUUAGUUGUCAAAGACAGUGGUACACCAGUUUUAUCAGCAACAACUACACUGUCUUUGACACUAACUGUUAGCAACACAACAGCCAGAAUGGACAAACCUGAAGACACAGAGUCAGACAACAGAAUACAUAUUAACUUGAUGAUUAUCAUAGUUGUGGCUGCAGUAAUAGUGUCUGUUGCUAUUGUAGUUUCUGUGAUUGUAUGUGUUGUCCACAAACGGAAUGUAAAAGAAAACCAGUAUGGUGUGGCCCAGGACUUUGUCGGUGAAAGAAGGCCAUCAGGAUAUGUAUGUGAACAAGCAUCACCAAAAUAUGAUGUUCCAGUAGGAAUUUUAUCAGAUCAAAAACAAGUCAGAAAUACUCAAACAGGCUCACUAAGAAGAGAUCCUCAUUCUAUAUAUAAACCUGGUCAGAGUUGGAAAGGAUCAUCAUCUGGAGUACAUUUUCAAAAUAUAACACCAGAAUCCUAUCAAGGUAACUUGAUGCAUGGUAACCCUCAAGAAUUCUCAGUAACACGUUUCAUCGGCAAAGAUCAACAACAUAUGGUUAUGUCUCCUGACCGUUUCAGUGAGAUGUCAACAAUGUCUUCUGUAACUGACAGUGGACAUGGCUGCAGUGAAGCAAGCACUGCUCACUAUGAAACAUUACCAGGCCUUAAAACUUACAUCCAAGAACAAAUGUAUGCUAGAAGCAAUAAGUCUUUGCCAUACUCUAUCAGCAGAGCUAAGGAUUCUAAAACCACAAAUAUUAUAAACUUAAAGUCAACACAAGUAGACAAUAAAGCUAAUCUUAACCAACCUCUUCCUUGGAAUUUGCCAACAAGAAACAGUUUUACAGCAUAUAACAAACCUCUACCGAAAGUUCCAUUUUCAUAAUGUGCUACAUUACAACUCCUGGAGAAAUGUUUUGUGAAUUCUUGUAAUAUUUCAAAAUGAAGAAUUUGCAUACAAUCAACUUUAUUGAAAACUAAUUUUCAAACCAUAAUGCUUCAAAAAUAUCAAGAAAGAGUUUGUUGAUCAAACGAGAAUAAUGACACCCAGAAUUUUCAAUAAGAUAAAACCACUUGGAUGCCAUAACACAGAAUUUAAUAAAACUCUAAAAUCAUAAAUCCCAACAUACUUAUGUACAAUUUCAUUGAAUCAUAAUACAAGAGAAUUUGAUAAAAACCAAACUUCUAUAUUUACCAUAAUUAAAGUGAUGGAUUUUUCACGUGAUCAACACAAGUAAAUACAAAGCAAUGAAUAUAGUAUUCUAUAUUUAUUUCCCCUAGGAUAUACAUAUAUACAUGCUUAUGCAUACAUAUAUGCACACAAACAUAAACACACACAACAUAUAUAUAGUUCAAUAACAGAUCUUCAAAGACACUUAUUACAAAAUAGUAAGACAAUGAAUAUAAAUUCUUCUGCUAAACAAACAAUAAAAUUGGAUAUACCUGAAAGUUCCUGUACUCAACCAACUGAAAGACAAAAUAUAGACAAAGAGAGAAAAAUCUUAAAUUCAAAGCAGGAAUCAGAGGCAGAGUUUCCGUUUCCCUUCCAUGGGAACCAUAAACAGCCUGUCAUUGGCUGCCGCAGACGUUACAUACACACUAUAUUUGAUAGAAUUACAGACCUCACUCUCAUACCUACACAACUUCAUAUACAAAGACACUCAGUUCUGCUUGCACACAACAGCAGCAGUAAAGAUAUAACUCUACAGCAGGAUACACAUCUCAAUUAAUGACACAUUGAAGACUAUUUACCU